AUGGCUGAAAUGGCGGUCAAAAAGCAGCGGCGGAAGAGCUUCAGCAGUGUGUUCAGUCCCUCGUCCACAACCUCGGCCCCUCCUCUCCGGCCCCGUCUCCAUGAUCGAACACCCUCGGACGACACCCUGACGCAAAGCAAAAAACGCCGCAAUUCGGGGUUCUUUGGCCGGGCCCAGAGCCCGAAUAGACGAUCCACCGGCCCUAAUGUCCUGCGUCGACCUGGGACGGCACACUCCGACAUCACGAGUUUGUCCGCUUCAUCUACGCCUGUUCUUGAGACCCCUCGACCCCGGAAGUCGCUGCAGAAGAAACGCACUUCCGUCUUUGGGUCCUUGCGGUCCUUGCACUCAUUGGAAGACGAUAAUGACCCCCUCAGCGCGUCGGUCGGCUCGCUUGGAGACGACCAGCAUGUCACUGAUCCCCGACACGCGAUCUGGUCGUCCGCCAUUCUCCACCAUGGUGAAAUACAGACCACUGGCAGCAUGUGGAGAAAGAAGAGUCAGUAUCUCGUUCUGACAGACACGCAUAUCAUCCGUUUCAAGAACCAGAGCAAGGCCGCCGAUGCUUUUCCUUCCAUUCCACCUUCCUAUAAUGUGCGGGCCCCGGCGCAUCACCGCCAAUCAAUUGCCUCGAUAAGCUCAUUGCAGGAUAUGCACCCGAUGGUCUCGAGCGACGCGUCUGCCGGUAUUCCGCUGAAUAGUAUUAUUGCGGUCUACAUGCUGGAGGACGGGCGUUUGUCCCCAACAGUGGAGGUAGCGCACCUGGAUGAGCGCACUCACAAAGCUGCCUUGGUUCAGAUGCAGACGCCCGACCUUCAAGAACUGAACCUUUGGAUGGUGGGCAUUCGUCAGGCCGCCCAGAUGGCACGCUCAAACGAUCCGCUGCCGUUCACUCGAGGCUCGAUCGAGUACGUGACUCGGAUGCUGGAGCACGAGCGGGACUACGACCCGCAAGCUUUUCGUAUGUUCCGCGUUAUCCAAAUCGCUUCGAGCAAGUCACCUACGCGAUCUUCCUCUGAUGAUCUGGCGAAGUUGUCACCCACCGGCUGCUACCUCGCUCUUGGAUCCCACAAAGUCCAUCUUAUUCCAAUGCAAAAGACCGGCAGUCGAUCAUCAGUGGUCUCACUCACCGACUUGGAAGUGGGCGCCUCCUUUGGCUUCAUGAAUCUAACUGGUCUGUCGAUGGAAUACGGCGACGAUAGCCUGCACCUUUCGUUCAGAGUCCCAUUUCAGAAAACAUUCAACGUCUUCCUGGCCUCGGUUCAUUCGGUAGAAGUUGCUGGCUGGAUUCGACAGCACACCGAGUUCCUGCGUCCUCUAUGGACUAGACAGCCAUAUGAGUUUGUUGUGCCGCGUGAAUUGCAAAAUGACGACAACUUCCCGCCCGUAGCGCUGGAUGAGGAUUACGGCUGCUUCGACCGCACGCUGGUCGCCUACUCCGCCAGUUACGAUAUUGACACCUCCAACAUUCGUUACACGAUUGACUUGGAGUGUGAGGACGCUCCUUGCUUCCGAUUACUCCGUCCGGCUUCCCCGAGACAGCCAAGAUACAGCGCCCUCGAGCUGAUUGCGGUCAUGCGCGCCCUCCGGUAUAACGAAUGUUUCCGCUCAAUAUCUUUUCGCGGCGUCAACCUCGAUGUGCUUCAGGGCCUUCGUGAUAUUCAUGGAGCGGAUAUGGAUGUGCACCUUGAUCGUGGAGGUUGUCUUGUUCAAAUCCCAGGUCAAGGGAAUCUCGCCGUUCUCUCUGAAGAAAUACGUGGUUUGGUCUUGAAGAGCAAAUGGCUGCGGCGACUCGAUUUCUCGUAUUGUCUUACACGGACACCAACUUUCGACAAGGGGACUCGUGAUCCAGGCUGUGGAAUCCCAGAGGCCAUUUUCCCUGUUUGUCGCCGGGAAUUGACUAGCGUCGAUUGGGUAGCCCUGAAUGGGAUCAAGCUCGGCGAAUCGGACCUUGACUACUUGGUGGAUGCGGCAUCCCAACGACGGAGUCAUCUGAGAGCAUUGGAGGUCGGAGACUGCGGAUUGUCUGUUCAUGACUUAGACAUGCUGCUAUCAACCAUUGUCGCGCAGGAGUCUACUCUCGAGGCUAUCAAUAUCUCCGGCGUCCAGGGACGAUUAAAUCCCGAUGUUCUUCAGCAGUACAUCGGGUACUUUGGUCAGAUUCGCAAGAUCAACCUGUCCCGCAUCUCCCGGACGUCUGGGCCCGAGCCGCUCAUCACAGCAGAGAUGUUGUUCAAUUGGCGACUUGAAGAACUGGCCCUCAGCCGGACGACUGUCAACCGCCAGACAGUGGAUGCCAUCGCCACCUACCUGGCUAGUGAUCGGUCCCGGAACCUCCGCGUCCUCCGGCUCGAUCAGUGCGGCCUGACCGGAGAAGAUGUUGCCAUGUUCAUGCAUUCGAUGGCGGCGGGUCCCGACACUUUGCGAAGCCUCCAUUUGCAUGUCAACGAGAACCGGCUUGACAAUGGCUGUUCGUUUAUUUUUGACGCAAUUGCGAAAAACCAGACCCCGUCACAUCUAUCGAUGCGGAUGAUUGAUUUCAAAAAGGAAGACCAAUUCCGGGAACUGGUGGAUGCAGUCCGAAAAAACAGCAGCCUACGAUAUCUAGAUAUCUCCAAGGCGUCUCUUCCAUACGAUGCAGGUCCAGAGACGUGCCGCGCUCUGCAGGUCAUGUUUGAGGAGAACGAGACGCUAGAAGCGUUGGACAUCAGCGGGGAAAAUGCGCAUCUGGAUGUCGCCCGAUUCGGGAUCGGUCUCAACCUAGCCCUGACUGGCUUGAAGAAAAAUACGUCUCUCAGGGUGCUUCGAAUCGAGCACCAGAAGCUGGGUCUCCAGGGCGCGAAUACUCUGGCUUCGGUUUUGGAGUGCAAUAACUCGCUGCGCGAGGUGCAUUGCGAGAACAACGAUAUUAACCUUCAGUCGUUUACCGUGCUUGUCAAUGGUCUGCAGUGCAACCGCACCCUGCUCAGUCUUUCAUGCAUGGAUCGAGAUCGAACUCUGUCCAUCGACAAGGUGCGGCGGGAGGUUGACAAUGUCCGAUGGGAUGCAAGCAAUGUCCAAGGCUCUACGGCGAACUCGAUCCGUCGCUCCCUGCAUGCAGCGAUGAAUGUUGGCAAUGCCCCCGUUGGGCAUCGGUUGAGCAAACAUCCACCGGCUAAUGUUGCUGCCGCUCUGGAAACAUCUCCAUUCGCUAGCCACAACGUGGAGCUCGUCCUGCAGUCCCUGAACCGAAAAUGGGACAUGGAAGUCGCUCGCCUGCGCCGAUAUCUUCUCCGCAACUACAAUAUCGCUCACGGAAUCCAAGACGACGUCGACGACGCAUCUAGCGAUGGCCGGCCCGCGACAGCCGCCAGUCUAGGUACGAUGCUCGAUGACCUCAAGUUCGAAGUCGCGGUAUCAGCAGACGAAAUCCAUGCCUCGCCACCAGAAGACUCCGCAUCAUCUAUCCACCUUGCCGAACAGGACUCGGGAAAUCGGUCUCUUCCUCGUGUCCCCACAGCCGAGUUCACGUCCAACAUACUGGCGCAAAGCGAACCAGAUCCUCUCCCCCAACACGCUCGCGCGGCCCAGAUUCUGCCCUCAGAAUUCGGUCCCUCAAGCCCUAUCUCUUCGUCCUCAUCCUCACGCAUGGCAAAGCCGGUCCCCGCCGUGCCUUCAUCCGUCCACAGAUCGAACAGCAUUCGAAGCGCAAACAGCUCCAGCACCGUCUCAAUUGGCAACCGCAGUGCGCGCAGUGCCUACGGCAUGGCCUCAUCCACUCUGCGCGGGUUUCUCAGUGGGAACGCCAUGAAAGACCGUCGGAAGGUGCAGCACGACUCGCGUCCGCCGACGGUGUUCGUCCAGACGAAUGACAAGCCGCCUCAGCUGGACUGGGCUCCGCCGAAACUCGAUUUGCAGGAGCUGUGA